CAAACUAAGAUGAACCCGCUCAAACGGAAAAAGGCAAAUGUUCGAAUGGUUAGUGACUCAUAUCUCGUGGAAAACAUAGAACGCCUGCUAUGCUAUAGCUCAUAUGUUUUCAAGUAGUUAGCAGGAUACAAACAUACAUGCCCUGAUGUGAUAGAAUGGAGCUGAUCCGCUCCGUUCAUGGAACUGAGGCGUAAUAAGAAGAUCCAGCGAUCUCUAUCACCAAGUCACUCCUCCUUAAUGCUCGCAUGUCAACAGGAGAAUAAGGAAGACGUCAGAAAUAUCCUAGACAGACAGCCUGGAGCUGCCCUACAGCGAGAUCGCACAGGAAAGAAUGCUCUUCAUUAUUGCGCCGAGAACAACAGCACAGAGUGUGCCAAUCUCAUCCACUCAUCAGCCCCAUCAUUGCUGAAUUCUGCUGACGAUGAAGGCUAUACUCCACUGCACUUGGCUGUCAUAAGCGGCAACAAGUGUUUGGUAAAAUAUUUAUUGGCACGAGGAGCAGAUUCAAGUGCAGUUGAUAGCGAAAAACAUUCUUGCGUACAUUGGGCAACAGUUAGUGGUGACUGGGAGUGUUUGGAUUUGCUGAUUAACGCUGGUGCAGACGCUUCAACCCCAGAUAUUCACGGAGCUUACCCAGUCCACUACGCUGCACAGAUGUGUGGACCAAACAGUGAGAUGGGCAAUGAUGUGCGAGUAGGAAUAGCUGUACUUCAGAAACUUCUAUCACGUGGUGUAGACGUUUCUGUAGUCGACAGAGAUGGUCGCCCUCCCCUUUUAUGGGCAGCGAGUGGAGAGACAAGAGCUAGUAAAACGUACUGUCCUUCAGGAAGCAGUGAUGCCAUUCUGGCCCUUGUGAAGUCUGGAGCCGAUGUCAAUGCCAUAGACAGAGACGGUUUGACAGCUCUUCACUGCGCGGCCAGUCGAGGUCACGUGGAUUGCCUAGAAACAAUAAUAACACUAUGUGGAGCCGAAGUCGAUAAGAUUGAUGACAGCGGUUGUUCCGCAUUGUUUUAUGCUGUCACUCUGGGACAUGCUGACUGCACAAAUCUUCUCCUGAAUUUUGGAUCAGAUGCAAACAAGCAAGAUCACAAAAAUAGGACACCUGCCCACUGUGGAGCUGCCAAAGGACAGUUAGAGACCCUAAAGAUACUCGCACACCACAAAGCGAACUUAUGGUUGAGGAACACCAAAGGUGAUAUGCCGCUUCACGAAGCUGUCCAAUCUGGUCGGAAAGAUCUCGUGGAAUGGCUGCUGCAACAACAUCAGGGCUCCGUUAACGUUUCAAAUGCAAAUGGGAGAACGCCACUGCAUAUCGCUGCCAUUACAAAUAACGUAGACAUGUGCAAAGUACUAAUGGACUACGGUGCUUUUGUCAAUCCCAUCAUGAGGAAUUCCAAAGGUCAGCAUUUGACACCUCUUGAUGCUGCAUUACACCGUGGUAAUCGAAGCUGUGCCAAAUAUUUAAAUCUUCAUGGAGCUUUACCUGCAAGUAAACUUUUAGAAAAACGAGAAUAUAAUAGAUUUACAGGAACUCAUUUGUCAGAAACUUUGGAAUUAAGUCCCAGCACAAAACGUCGUCUCCUUAGGGAUACUUCAGCACAAACGGAGACUCAAUUAAGAGAUGUGGACAUUCAAGCUCGUGUCGAAUCUAAAACAGUGUCUGCAAUGGCAGACCUCAGUAGAAGUAACAGCAUAACAGGAAUAAAAAUGUCAUCAUCCAGUGAAAGGUGCCAAGUCAUGGGGCGAUCGGGAAAACCAAUCAUUGCGAAAGUGUACCUCCACACAAAGAGGUCGAAGAUUCGAAGGGUAUCAAGAAAAUCCACCGGCUACAGAAGAGAAUGUCCUGGUGAAAAAGUCUCCAAUCGCGAUCGUAGGCCAUCAGAUGAUAAUUAUCACUUUUCUAGAAAUGGGGCUUCCAAUAAUCAUACUGAUGUAGAAACACCACGUCGGACGAGUUUAGAGAGAGACAUCCCCAGUCGCAAAGCAUCCCAGCCAGUGCUCUUUGAAGAAUCCUACCCAAUGCCUCAAGUAAUCGAAACUGAGGAACCCAAAGAACCAGUGUCUGAUCAAGAUAUUUACGUGAGGAAACCAUCAUAUCCUACUCUUUUCGAAGAGUCUUAUCCAAUGCCUCAGGUAUUAGAGACGGAAGAGUCUCAAGAUUCUCCAAUUGAGCAAGAGGCUCCUACUCGCAGAGUAUCACAGCCUGUGCUUUUCGAUGACUCCUAUCCGAUGCCUCAUGUCAUUGAGGCAGAGGAGCCUCAAGAGUCUCAGACUGAUCCAGAACCAGAACCUAAUGUUGUUGAACCACAAGAUCAGAGAGAAGAUGGCGAUGUAGAAGAAGGAAGAGAAAAGUCUCCAGAAGAAAGGGUUGAUGAGAAGGACAAGCAAUGUGAUUGCUAUUCCAACCACGAAGAAGAUGUAGAUACGUGUGACUGCGACUGUCAUAAUGGAGAUAAUCCACCACAGAUGCUCUCGGUAGAACAGGAGAGGCGACGCUCUUCUCUCAUGACCGCUGGGUUUGACAUGGAGAAUCAAUCCCCCCUCUCCAGCAUCCGAAGUUUGGAAUCAACAAUCAAAGAUUCCGGUUUUAGCGAUGACGUUGACAGAGGACAUCAGGCUUCUUCCUCAUCAGAUGAUGAUGACAGGGAACAUUAUUCUGACUCAGAGAGUAGGUCGGGCAGGACAAAGAAAAAACACAUUGCUCGUUAUAUAGUGAGUAGUGGUGCGGCUGAAACGUUUCGUCUUGAUGAAGAAGAUGAAGAGGAAGAAAUUGUGGUACCUAAACCCCGAUCAUCUAGUUUGCCCCAAUUAAAGAAGAGAGAAGAAGCAUUUGAUAGCUAUCCUCGUCUCUUAAAUAGGCCAACAGUAACGAAAGAAGUACAAAGAAGUUUGAAAAAAUAUCAGAUGGAACGGCGACUGUUUUAUGAACUUCAAGAAUUAAAAAGAAAGCAGAUAACCAGUUCUUUAAUGGAAGAGAAAGAAGUAGUUCAAAAAAUGUUGGACCGUUUCAGAGACCAUGUUCAGUCACCGUUUAUGACAGAUUUUCAAGGACCUCUGACGUUUUAUGCUUUUGAAAGAUAUCUCUAUGAGCAGCUAAGAAAAUUAUCAAUGGGAGGAAAAAUCCCAAAGCUGAAAAGUCAUAAAGACUUACCUGAACGGAUAUACAUGGCUCCAACAACUAAAAAAGAUACUGAUUCUAAUCAUGGACUAUGGAAUCGUGCUAUAUGCUUAUGUAGAAAGAAAAGAUGUUCACAUAAUGGACGGAAUUACGAUUCUGAUUAUUCAUUACAUCGUUCAGACAGCAUUCCACAAUUACCAGAGAUAAUUCAAAAGUCUGAACCAAACGUUGGAAAGCUCAAGGGUUCAAUCAAUCGGUCAAAAAGCUGGGAUAGAUUAGAAGAUAACCCAAGAAAGAAUUCAGUGUUCGCAACAUGCCCAGGAAAACUGGGCAGUGUUCGAACUUCCACUAGUCUGCCGAGCCUAUCAAAUCCUUUUCCCAGAAGAGUGCCAGCAGCCUUGUUAGCAGCUAUCAGUGAACGUUUGGGGCCCGAGGUCCAUCCAGACGACACCGUGGUGGUUGAGAUGUCAGCGGAAAACAUCAGUUCAAAAAUGAGGCAUGCUUUCACAGUUCAAGAAAUUCGAGAAGUAGUUUCAAGAUAUGAAGAGCAGGUGGGAAGGAAGGUGAAACCUAUUCCUUUAGAGACAGUGAUAGAUCCCGACGAUGACGAACCAAUAACAUUUGAGAUAAGGCAAGGAAAAGAAAGAAAUAUUUUCAAGCUACCAGCGACAAAAUUGAAAGACAACAAAAAAUGGCAAGUUACAUUUACCAUUGGAAAAUCUAGAAAAAUUUUUAAACCCCUUCAUGCCAAGUAGUUGGUAGCUAUGGUAGAUAUAGUUAAUAGAACCCCAUCCCUUGUCAUGCCAUUUUUUAUUAUGCACACUUAUUUACGAUUUGCUAUUCAUUCACUUGCAAUAAAAUCUUAGUUGAUGGUAGUCAAACAAUAAAUGUAAUAGAUUUUUAAGAAUUAAUGAAAAGGGAAAGAAAUUAAGCAAACCAUUGUUAUUUUACUAUGCUUUUAUGAAACUCAAUAAAUUCCUUAAAAGUAACAUCUAUAAAUUUAUAUUGUCAACAAUAUUUCAAUCAAUACAGAAAGGUAAAAAUAGCAUGAAAAUUUGAUUUAAACAGAAAAAAAGCUAUUAAAAUAAUUAACAAGGUAUGAGUGAUAAUCAUAGCUUACCCCUAAAAAAGGAGGGUACAGACUACAGAGGGUAUUAAAAGGAAGGUAAAGGGGAUAUUUAAAUAACACAAAUACAUUAAUAUGGCUCAAUAUCUCCAUGACUAGAAUAAUGUAUGAAUGUUUAUGUCAAGCCAUAUGUCUCUAGAGCAAGCCUCUUUUUGAUUUUAGACGGUGCAGAAUUGAAGCUAGAUAGAUCAGCAUGUAAACUUAAAAAACCUUUCUUAAAAUUAGCUUCUGCUCUUCCCACUUACAAAAGACUAUUUUUUAUCAAAAUUCUUUAGCUUUUUUCCAUUUAAAAUUCAUUUGGAUUAGCAUUGAUAAUGACUGUGCAAACUUUAAGCGGUGAUAAAACAUGAUGAACACUUUCCACUAUAAAAUAUGGGGAAAGGAAUGUUAUUAGAUAGAUUAUCAGCAAGAUUGCCAGUGAACUAAUAGGUAAAAGCACAAAAAACCAGAUAUAGUACACAGUAAAAUAUUUUUAAGAGCAACUUUUUUAAAAACAAAAGUACUAAAAAGCUGUCAAUUGACCAAUGGGAAAAAUCAAUUCUCUAAUAAUUCAUUUCAUAACAAAAGUUAUUAAGAAUUUUUCUUAAAGCUACAAUUUAUUAAAAUUUCAAUAGGGUUAAAAAAAAAUUCUGAAUGAAUAGUAAAUGUAGAUCACUAUUUUAAUUUUCGCAAAAAAUUAGUAAAGCAUCUUCAUUAACCAUUACUGUCAUUGUAAAUUAUCAUUAUUGUAUUUCCACUUUUGCAAAUAAUGUACAAAUAAAUCGAUUCAAAUCAACCAAUCAAUAAGUGUGCAUAAAAAUAGACGCAGUGCCAAUUUUGUAUCAAUAUGCUUUAUUUUUAAAUGAUAUGCCUUCAUAAAAUCUGUGUGCCAGCCACUACCUAUAUCUGUGUCAAUAGGUUCCUGCAUUAUUGCCUAUGGCCAGUAGGACGCUACUUCUUUUCUAUGAACCGGGAACCAGUACCAGUGGAAGAUAUUCGAUGGGAAGAAGUGCUACUUGGUCCGAGAGCUACACUCAUGCUGCCUCCAAAUUUCUGGAAUUGACAAUCUUUUUAAAUUGGUGUUGUGCAAUCAAACUUGUUUCAUGGAUUUUGCAUUCAUUGUAUAUACAACAUUAAAAACGGUAAUAAAAUAUUUGAAUAUAGAACACUCAAUGAAAUGUACAAUAAAAAGUCAGUGUAUUUAUCUAGAGAAUUAUCAAGCCACAAAAACUACAAUUCGUUAUCUUACACUUCAUCGUUCAAUAGUGUGGCUUAAAAUAUAUCGAAAGAACCAUGAAGGGUGUCCUAAAAUUCACAAUAAAUUUGGACUAUUUGUGCAAUAAAAUGUGAGCAACAAAAAGAAAAUA